UUCCUCUCUGUUUCUAGUAUCAUGUCAUAACGCAGCUGGAGAAUGGUGUAUGGGUGCAUCUUUCUACCUAAAACCAUAUACCGAACUGAAAACUGAACUGAACUGAGUAUCAUGUCAUCAAUAGGACGUAGAAUUUUCACAAAAUUAUAUAGAGGCAGUUUGUCGCAUCGUAUUAUCGGAGCUAGAUUAAUAUCUACUGAAGAAAAUGCGGAAUCUGUUAAGAAUGUUUGUUUGGCACCGGAACCGGGAAAAAUACAUGCUGCAGUAUUGAAGGAAUUCUCCAAUCCUUUUGUUAUAGAAAAUUUGGAGCCACCAAAAAGAGUGCAGCAUAAUGAAGUUCUUCUUGAUGUUCAUUAUUGCGCCUUGAAUGCUUCUGAUAUUCUCAUUAGUAAAAAUUCAUACAUAUUUGAACCAAAAUUACCAACAGUUCUUGGUUAUGAAGUUGUCGGAAAAUUAAUUGAGGUUGGUGCAGAAGCAAAAAAGAAUGGCUACAGAAUUGGCGACAAAGUCAUUGCCCUUAACAAAGAUCGCUAUGGAGGCUUGGCUGAGAAAUGCUUGGCUGAAGUUGAAGAUAUAUGGAAAGUACCUUCUGUACUAAAAUCCAUAGAUGCUGUGAGUAUUUUAGACAACUAUGUUACUGCUCUGGUUGCAUUAGAGAGGAAAGUCAAUCUCGAUGAGAAUGAUAUGAUCUUAAUAAAUGUUGGCACAAGUGGUAUUGGUCUAGCAGCAGUGGACUUAGCUACAAAUGUUUUUAGAGCUAAGGUUAUUGGAGUCUGUGCUACAGAAGAUGGAGCAAAUCUAGUCCGUGAAAAAGGAGCGUUCACAUCUCUCAAGUAUAAAAGUAAGAAGUUAUUGAAGCAGUUAGAAGAGAUUGCAGCCGAGCGAGAUAUUAAAGCCAUUUUUGACGAUGUUGAUGGGGAAUACUUCAAGAAAGUACUGGAUUGGAUAUAUUUUAGCUUCACCGAUGUCUACAAAGACACAACAUUAAAGGACUUGAUGCGUGAUGACAAUUUUGCAGUGGUGAUACAUCAUCUUUCUCGUGAAGGGCGAGUGGUUAUAGCUGGCACAGCAACAACAAUAGCAGAUGCUCAUUCUGAGGUGCAGAAAGGUUCCUUCAGUGUCAGUGGUUUCAAUCUCACGGAAUAUAGGAAGAAAAAACCUGAUGUGUACCGGCAAGCUGGAGAUGAAGUUUUACAAUUUCUCGAGGAAGGACUUAUUACUCCAUCUUGCUCGUUAAUUGUUGGUUUACACAAGGUCAAUGACGCCUUACAGUUUUACUCUGAAAAUAAAUCUUUGGGGAAAGUUGUAAUUGAUAUUAGAAAUAAGGAGGCCGAUGCAAUAAAAAUGAAAAGCUAAAUACAUCUAAGUAUUCUGUGAUCUUUAGGCACUAAUAUCUUUUAAAUGUAACAAAGGCACGCUAUCGAAAGAUGUAUACAGUUAUAUUUUGUACAUUUAAGUGAGAAAUAUAUAUAUAUUUCUUA